GGGACCCGAGUCCUCCGAGGCGGCGGAACCCGGAACCUGGCGGUGACUUUGCUGCCCUGGUCCCCGGAAGAGGGCAGCCGAGCGGCAGCGCAGGUUUCCCAGCCGACCCUCUUAGGACGCCGCACCCGGAAGUGGCGCUGGAGAGGGAGUACCGAGGUGUAGGCCGGCGGGACGGCGGCGGCCUGAGCGGGGGGUGGGGGUGUCGGUCAUGUUUCCCUUCUGGCCCCGCAGCCCCGGCGGGGAGCGGGCGGCCGGGGCAGAGGAGCCGGCGCCUUCCGCGAGGCAGGCGGCAGCCUCCAGGCUGCCCUCUCCGGCUCCCCCGCCGGCGCUUUCACAGCCUGGCGCUGACGGGGAUCCUCAGCCGGCCGCCCGGAGCCCUCGCCUCCCGGGCGCCCCGGCUCCGGCCCCGACCCCGGCCCCGGCCCCAGUCCCGGUGGCGCGCGCCGCCGACCUGGCAUCGUCAGGAGCUCCCAAGUCGUCGGCUGCCUGCGCCAAGGGAGAGCCGUCGCCGCCCUCCUCGCCGCGCCGGCGGCCCGGGCCGGACUGCAGGGCGGGGAGCCGGGGCCGCCAGGGCCUCAGCGCGGGCCUGAGCGGCCCGGGCGCCAGGUUGUUCGGGUGGCUGAGAGAACGCAGCCUGGGCCGGGGGCUGUUUGUGGACCCGGCGCGGGACAAUUUCCGCACGAUGACCAACCUGUAUGGUUCCAUUCACCCGGCGGACUCGGUGUACCUCAGCACCCGCACCCACGGGGCGGUCUUCAAUCUCGAAUACUCGCCCGACGGAUCAGUGCUGACAGUUGCCUGUGAACAGACUGAAGUCCUGCUUUUUGACCCUAUAUCUUCAAAGCACAUAAAAACACUCUCUGAAGCUCAUGAAGACUGUGUAAAUAAUAUAAGAUUUCUUGAUAACCGGCUGUUUGCAACCUGUUCUGAUGACACUACAAUAGCACUAUGGGAUCUGAGAAAAUUGAACAACAAAGUAUGCACUUUACAUGGCCACACUAGUUGGGUGAAGAACAUCGAAUAUGAUACUAAUACAAGACUCUUAGUAACAUCAGGAUUUGAUGGAAAUGUCAUUAUUUGGGACACUAACAGGUGUACAGAAGAUGGGUGUCCGCAUAAGAAAUUCUUUCAUACACGUUUUCUCAUGCGAAUGAGAUUAACACCAGAUUGUUCCAAAAUGUUGAUCUCAACGUCCUCUGGAUAUCUCUUGAUUCUGCAUGAUCUUGACUUAACCAAGUCUUUGGAAGUAGGUAGCUAUCCCAUUUUGAGAGCCAGAAGAACUACAUCAAGUUCAGAUUUGACCACUUUGUCAAGUUCAUCUAGUCCUAGAGUAUUUGGUUCACCUUGUCACCACAAUGACUCUAAUUCAUCUUCUGAGAAACACAUGUCACGAGCCUCUCAAAGAGAAGGAGUUUCACCACGAAAUAGUCUUGAAGUCUUAACCCCUGAAGUUCCUGGUGAAAGGGACCAUGGAAACUGCAUCACAUCCUUACAGCUGCACCCCAAAGGCUGGGCCACUCUUCUUCGAUGCUCAAGCAACACUGAUGAUCAGGAGUGGACUUGUGUCUAUGAAUUCCAAGAAGGAGCACCAGUACGACCUGUCUCACCUCGCUGUUCCCUACGACUGACUCAUUACAUUGAAGAAGCCAACGUAGGCAGGGGUUACAUCAAAGAACUUUGCUUCAGCCCUGAUGGGAGAAUGAUUUCUUCUCCACAUGGUUAUGGGAUUCGUUUGUUGGGAUUUGACAAACUGUGCAGUGAACUAGUUGACUGUUUACCCAAAGAAGCCAGUCCCCUCCGGGUGAUUCGUUCUCUGUACUCUCAUAAUGAUGUGGUACUGACAACAAAGUUCUCCCCGACACAUUGUCAGAUUGCCUCAGGGUGCCUUAGUGGACGAGUUUCUUUGUACCAGCCAAAGUUUUAGGCACAGCUUACGUCAAGUAAGGGACUCUUUGGGUGUUUGACUUAUAAAUUACUUCAAUUUAGGUGAAGUAUUUUCUUUUUAGAAGAUCUUACAAGUUUGGGUCAAGGCCCUGGUUCUUAGGGGUCUGUGAACAUACCUGUGACCUGAGACUUGGUCAUCCAGCAUCAUUACGGGCAUCUCCAACUUAAGACUAUGCAGCAUCAUCUUUUUCAAAAUUCUUCUGCGCCUGCCGAUCUGUGCCAUUGAACUCCAGUUCUCCUGGUGAUUUUGCAUGGUAGCUCUUGUUAAAUUCUUUCCCUUCCUCAUCUCUUUCCCUCUUUCCUUAUUUCUCUCCCUCCUUUCUGAUUUCCUUUCCUUUUUUUUUUUUUCCCUUAGGAAUUUUGUGGACAUUUGGCAGGAGUUUUGAUUGAGAUAAGAGAAACCCAUGGCACCUAGUAUUAAAUAAAACCCAGAAGUAGGGUGUUAACAUACCAGUUGUUGAAAAGGGCAUUUUACCUUCAUUUAUCAGUACAUUUGGCCUUUCAAAGUUGCUAUUAUAUUUCUCUAUAUUGAGCACAGAGAAUGACAUUAUUGUCAUAACUGUUAGUCUUGCAACAAAAUGUCAUUUAAGUUUCCUGUUAAAAUUAUACAAAAUUUUUCAUUUGAGAAGGAGUUUGUUGUGAAAAAUACCAUCCCUCUUUCAAUAAUUUAUUUUACUUGUAUGAAUUUUAAGUCUUGAAUAUAUGUCCUUACUGGUAUUUUGUUUUUAUCAACAGCAUUGCUAAAGAAAAAAAAAGGAAUAGGAUUUUUCAUUUCUGUUGUACAGAAAAGGAUUUAUUUAUUAGGUUUGCCAAUAUUGAGUCCUAGAGUGAUGAGAACAUUAUGAUUUUUUUGUGAUUGUUUGAGCUACACAGGAUGAUAUAACAGUAUUGGGGUUGAGGGCGGAAUCGAGAGUAAAGUGGUGAUAUUUUCUUGUCUUUCUUGUGCCAGGGGUCAUAGGCUCAACUGUUUGACCAUUAGUAAGCAAAGAGCUAUAGUCCUGUUCAGGUGUUGUUAUAACCCUGGAGUCAGUGACUUGGAUGGCAGACUGAGUGUCCAUAGGAAUACCUGUUUUGGCUUUUGUUAUGAAACAUGGCAAGUGAAAGCAUCAGGCAGAGGCGAAGCACAAGAAUGCUGCUCUGUUGAAUGGCAUUAUGUUGAGAAGUGAUUUGCGAGAAACUGGAAUAAUUCAGGCUACUGCCCUAUCCUUGUCCUCUUAGGUCACAGGCUUCCCUUAGGCUAAACAUUUGGGGGGAAAUGCAGAAACCUGGGCCUUAAGAAAUUCUUAUUCAAGCAGGGGACAAUAGUAAUCUUUAUUCAAGUGGUCUCCAGAUCAUUGUUUGGGGUGGGGUGGGGGAAGAAAACUUUAUAAACAGCAGUCAGUAUUUCUAUAUCCACCUGGUGCUUAAUACAGUCCCUACAAGAUGUUUUGAAUCUUUAAAUAAUAGUAAAUGAAAUCAACUUUAGAAAUAGAAAACUUGGAAUGGAAUGAGUUUUAUUAUUUGAAAAAACAAGAAAAGGUUAUGCAAAGUUAAUAGCAAAGCCAGUACUUGAAUUCAAUACUCCUAAUUGAAUUCAGAUUUCCUGAGAAACUUGCUCAGGGCGGUUUCUUUUGUACUAAGUUGGCUCUUAUAGAUGCUUUGUCUUUAAGUUAUAUUAUUGUGUACCUUAGGAUGGUCAGUAGAUUGAAAAUGGGAAGGCAUGGGAGUAAAUUCUGAGAAUUUCAGUUAUGAGAAGAAAACCUUAGAGAAAUUUAAAGUGAGCUAAAUACAUGAAUAAAAAUGACAUUCCUUUGUAAGACUUGCAGAACAGCCAUUUCCACACAUUCCUAAGUGGUUAUAUCUAAUUUGGGACAAUAUUGGCUCUAGGACACAUUUUUAUAAUUCAAUCAUCUUACCAUGGAUAUUGUAAAAAUUAACAUUUUCUAGUUUUUGAAAAUAUUACUACAGAGCACUUAAAGUACAGGCUUUCCAUAAACUUCUUCUGUACAAAAAAAUAAAAGCAAAUAGUUUUGAAGAAAAACACCUGAAAACUUUAUUGAAAAUAAUAACGAUCAAAUUGAUACUCAAAAUUCCGUAAGUUACAUGAAUUUGGGAAGGUUUGAUGUCAGAUGCUAAACCUAAUGGCACCCAACUCUAAAUUCAGUCAGUGAUUCUUGAUCCACUAUUCCCAAGUAUUAUGUGUUAAAUAAUGUACCGACUUUACUGCUAGCCCUCACCAAAAUAAAAAUAAAAAAAAAAUCUUGCAAAAUAGGUAGAAUGAACCUCAAAUUAACUUUGGAGGUUUUGAUAGGCAAGAAAGAUUAAGUGACUUGGCUUGAAGUUACAGUUGGCUACAGGUAGCUGGACUAGGAUUCAAACUCAGAUUUGUCUAUUUAUUUUACCCAAAGAUGGCUUGCUACUCUAUCAUUUUGCCUUUAAUUUGUAAAGGCUGAUAAACUGGCCUAUUACUUGGCUUGUUUAGUAUCUUCUGGAAUCUUUUCUUAUUACCAUCUGUACCAAGCAAAAGAAUAUUUACAAGACUGAAAAUUUCCAUGGGAAUGAAGACAAUAAACUUGGGGGAUACAUAUCGUCCAUUCCUAACUAAAAGUCCUCAAGCAAGAUAAUCACCUGUGAAGUAGAAAAAGACUGGAGGAUGAAUAUCCUUACAUAAAAUCAGAGCCACAAAAAGUGAGGAUUAACAACAGUGCAAACUCAAAGAACUUUUGCUCUCUUUGAGGUAUAAUCAUAUUCAAAAAGUAACCAGGAAAUAUUAAUCGAGGAAUUAAAUGGCCUCACGAAUACAGUACUAUUUGAAUUACUCAUUACUCUUUCAAGUUCCCAUUUUACUUAGAGUAUACCUGGUCUGAUUUUUUUACUCUUUUAUUCAGUCAUUUUUAUUCAUGAUAAUUGGUAAGUGUAUUAUAAUUGGUAAGAAGUAUUAUUGGUAAAUGUAGUAUAAAUUAUUCUCUUGGUUAAAAGCUGUCUCCUGUCAGUAUUUCUAUGGCAGUGCCAUGUUGAAUCAGAUACAUACAUCAGAUAGAGUGUCUUAUUUUCAGUUUUGAAACACAGUGGCAAAAGAAAAAACACUUCCAAUUUAGUCUUUUAAAAAUGUGUACACUCUUUUUUUUUCUCAGAAGCCCAAAGCAUUUUUUUAUUUCUUGUUACAUCCCUGAGAAAAUGUCAUAUCAAAGUUAAGAAAACAAGCAAGGAGACGGUAAAUCACAUAUUCACUAUUCUUGUAUCUAGAACCAAGUUCACAAUAUAUCUUUCUUAAUGUUAUAUUCUCUUAGUGCAGUAUAGGGAAAAUGUUUUGAGACUUUUAGAAGUUUAGUGGUUUCAGCAUUAGUCAGAACAUACAUGGUACUGAUAUCCAUAACUGUCUGUUAAACUUGUGUUUGCAGGAGAAAUGUUUGACAACUUACUUAUGACAAUCAUCCCCAUUUAGUGGCCAACUAUAACUGAGUGCUGUGAAAAUCCACUCAGUAACACCUUGUGUUGGUCAGGAAGAAACCAUAUAUAUAAAUUUUGGAUAGUUAAUGCAUAUCUCUUAAGUGCCAAAUUUUAAAACUUGUAAUUAUUUUUGAUGCAAAUAUCAGGUAUGUUAGUAUACCUCCCUGCCUUCUUAAAUAGCAUGCUCAGUAUAAUUCACUUUUUCAUGAUGAAAAGUUAUAUUCAUAAUGUUUUAUGAAAUACCCAAUGAGCUCUGAUAUAUAUAUAUCCCAUUUCAUAAAUUUUAAAGGGCUAUAACAAAUAUGAGUCAAUGUCUCUUACAAUGUGAUCCCCUCAAUUCUGAGGUUAAAAACAUGUUUUAUAUCUGCUGAAUAGUGUGUUCUGUCAACAUGCUCCCACUUUCUUCUAAUGUGCUGUCUCAUCCAUUGUGAGCUGGGACAUGAGAUAAUCAAGCCUGUUGAGAGUGUCUACUGGAAAAGCUGGACAAACUUGGGUGCACAGUUUGUGAGAUAGCUCCUUUGAUUGUUUUCUACUUAACUUUCUAGCUAUUAGAAGCUCCCAGGUAAAUCCUAAGCUAGUGAUUUUUCAUUUACUUUACGUAAGAUAUUACAAACUAAGGAUGCUGCUAGAUUAAGAUAUAAAUAGAAAUGUACCAAAGUACAGCAAUGCAACAACAAAAGCUCUGUAUUUGCACAGGGGUCUUUUACAUUUUUACAAAAAAAAAAAAGAAAUCCAAAUAGAUUUAAGACUAUUUUAGUAGCCAUGAAACUUCGUCAGUAACCAUUUAAAAUAUAUGAUUAAAUUGUUAUUGUUACAAAGACAUGGUUUAGUCUCAUUAUAGAAUAAAAUUUUACUAAACUGUAAUCUUAGAGAUGAUUCUAAAUGAUAUCCUAAGAAUGUCUCCCAUUUAAAUGAUAAUGGAAAUUUUUUAUCAAAAGAAAAGUCUCCAAUUUACCUUUAUGCUGCUCUCUUUAGUUGUAAAUGAAUUAAUGGCAGAGAUGUGGGUUUUCUCAAAGGCAGCAAGGAGCACAUCUCACACACACCUCCCAUGUAUGUGUAUAGAAAUGUCACUGUAAGUGAAAAUGUUACCCAGAAAUAAUAAAAUAAUUUUUCAAAUUUAAA